AUGGAUUCCUCAACCAACACCACCAUUCAGCAAGCUGCAGUUUUCAACCUUGUUGUUGUCGAAGACUUUGUGUUCCAGUCAAAAUCCACAUCUCUAGUAAUUGCUACAGCAGCGAUCGCGACUGCUGUGUACUACCUCUUUUCUUUCUUCGAAUCUUCGUUGCGAGAUAAAAAUGGAAAUGGCAUCCCCGCUGGCCCAAGAGGCCUCCCGCUUCUCGGAUCCUUCCCCUUUCUAACCCAGUACCCAGAGCUCACGCUCGACUAUUGGGCAAAGAAAUUUGGCGACAUGUACUCUAUCUGGCUCGGAAACCAGCUUUUUGUGAUAAUAUCAAGCCCGGCCAUCGUUAAAGACCUCAUUGUUACUAACGGCGCCGUAUUCUCCUCAAGGAAAGAAAUGUUUAUCAAAAGCCAGACAGUCUUUGCUGGCCGGGGAAUAACUGCAACCCCAUACAAUGACAGAUGGCGCAAACAUCGUCGUAUCGCAACGGGAUGGUUAAAUCAACGGGCAGUUGAUAGUUACACCCCUAUUCUAGAUCGAGAAGCCACUGUCCUCGUCAAGGCUAUGUAUCAAGAGAGUAAAGCUGGUCAAGUUCCUAUCAACCCGCAGCCUCACGCAGGUCGUGCCUCGUUGAACAACAUGUUAUCCAUUGUGUUCGGUUUCCGCACUGACAGUAUUUAUCAUCCAUUAGUCGGUCGAGCACUGAAACUCAGUCGCGAAUUCAUGAACAGCACUGGUCCUAUGUCAAACCUCGUCGACUUCAUACCAUUCUUACAAAAUUUCCGCACGCCAAUGCGCGUACGUGGGGAGAAACUCCAUCAGGGUCUCGUAGAAACGUAUGGGGGCUUCAUCAAGGACAUCGAACAUAAAAUGCAGAUGGGUGUCAAUGUUCCGGACUGUUUAGCAAAGACUAUGAUCGACACCAAGGAGGAGGAACAAAUGGGACACCUAGAUAUGGCAAUUCUCGCUUCAGCGUUCAUGAUUGGUGGUGUUGAAACGACUGCGGCGAUCAUGCAAUGGUUUUCGGCGCUCAUACCUGCUUACCCGGAAAUUCAACGCAAGGCACACGAAGAGUUAGACAAAGUUGUUGGACGAGACCGCCUACCAACUGUGGAGGAUGAGAAGAACCUCCCCUACUGCCAUGCUAUAAUUAAAGAGGUCGAACGAUGCCACAAUCCUUUCUGGUUGGGCACUCCCCAUGUUGCCAGUGAAGAUUUCACAUAUAGAGGCCAGUUUAUCCCGAAAGACACGGUUGUCGUAUUAAACACCUGGACGAUGCACCAUGAUCCGUCGCGCCAUCCCGAGCCAGACAGAUUCAACCCCGAGCGUUAUCUCGAUGAUAGUCUUACCUCUGCUGAUAGCGCAAAUUUGACAGAUCCGUAUCAGCGUGACCACUGGAUGUUCGGUGCUGGGCGUCGUAUCUGUCCGGGCAUGAUUGUAGCAGAACGCGAGAUCUGGUUAACCAUCUCUCGCAUGCUGUGGGCCUUCACUAUGGAGUCGCUUCCGGACGAGCCUAUAGAUCUCAAAGAGUAUGACGGUCUCUCAGGACGAUCACCUGUACCCUUCAGGAUCAACCUCAUCCCUCGUCAUGAUAAAGUCGCGCAAGUUCUGGGAAUGGAGGAGGCGCCUGCAUAG